GGGUGUGUGAUGACGUGUAUUGUGAAGUCACUUCCAGUCAGUGGCUCCGUCCCCCUCUGGUCUCCCCUCUCUCUCUCUCUCUCUCUCUCUCUCUCUCUCUGUCUCUGUCUCUGUCUCUCUCUCUCAGGUGAUGGACACUCAGAAGGAAGCUCUUCGCAGGAUCAUCAGCACAUUAACCAAUAAGAACGAAGAACUCCAAAACUUCCUGGAAACAGUUGACAACACACUGACUGGACUGCAGGUGGAGUCAUGUAAGGUGAUGUCAGAGCUGGAGGCGGAACUUGAGCAGCUCCGCUCCGCCCUAGAGGAGAAGGAGGCAGAGCUUUGUGGCAUCAUUAAAGAGGAGAAGCAGAGGAAAGAGGCGGAGCUUCAUAAGCAGCUGUCGGAGGGAAAGUUUGCUCUGCUGUCGUGUGAAGAACUGCUUGAGUUUGCAAAUCAAACGCUGACCAUCACCAACGAAGAAGAAUUCCUAAAGGCUGCAAAACAAAUCAAAGAAAGGGUAACUAUGGCUCCAGCUUUCCGGCUGACGACUCGUCUGGUGGUAUCGGAAAACAUGUCGCAAUUUACAGUUGACUUCAGCGCAGAGAGGGCGGGGCUUCAACGACUUCAGUUCCUGCCAGUUCCCAGAGCACCAGAGAUCGACGUCUCCAGUUAUGUCAUCCGUGACAACUCCAUCACGGUUGCCUGGCGACCAGCUUGUGAGGCUGAUGGUGACGGUGUCAGCGGACGAAUUGAAUUUUACGAACUCGAAUACCGAAAAACAAAUCACGACAGCUCACUGAGAGCCGCAGGAGAAACAUGCUGGGAAAAAAUCCCCGAUAUCAGAGAGACAAAAAUCACCAUCUCAGGGCUGAAAUUUGACUCUCGGUUCGUCGUUGUUCGUGUUCGAGCGAGAAACAAAGCAGCCGCUGGCGAGUUCUCUGAACCCGUCGCCAUAGAAACCAGAGGUGAACACAUGAGUGAGAUGACAAAAAUGUUAGAAGUCCUCGUUUCAGGGCGAGAGCGAUAUAGACAGAAUGAAACAAGUUACUGUUUUUCUACAUAAUAUAUACAAACAUAUACUGUAGGUAUAGUGUG